AUGAAAGAUAUAGAUGUGGCAAUGUUUGGCGGGGACUACGAUGAAGUCGACCUAAUUGUAAUCUUGACUUCCUUAUUUUCGUGAUAAAAUGUUUUUAGUCCGAAGACGAGGAAAACGAAUAUCUUAAUGUUGAUUUGCAAAAUGCAAACGAAGAAUGCGAACUAGAAAAAGAGGAACAAUAUCGAAAAUCAACAGAAGAAUGGACAAAAAUUUUUUUCAUCUCUGCUGCAACACCCAAAGUUAGUUUUAUUUUUUUAUAUUUUUUUAUAUUUAAUAUAAUAGGUCAGUGGCCAGACUUAUUUCUUAUUUUGUUUUUUCAGGUUGUGUCUAUUGAAAUGUUGAAGACAAAGCCUUUCGAAAGAGAUCCUGCUAACGGUAAAAUAAUACCGACGGCUUCAUUGAAGAAUUUAGUUUAUGUGAGUUCAAUCGAUAUAUUCGAAUAUGCAUUCAUAUUAAGGGGUUUUGUUCCUUUCUUUUGCGGAAUUCCAAAAUCCGUCGCAUUUACUUACGGAAGCUGUCGCAAAUAUUCUCUUCAAGAGAUUUAUUUCAUUACGUUUCUGCGAAUCUGCAGAAGCGAUCAGUUGUGAGUUUGUUAAAAACUCGAAUCUGGGAUUUCAGUUACAAUUUGUAGAAUGUUGGUAGAGAAAGUGUCAACACGUGGUGGAAUAUUUUCCAUUUUGCCACCUUUGUCCCUCACGCAUCAGUCCGACUGACAAAACUUUUCUUCGGCGGAGGUUUUUUUUUGGUAAUUUUUGAACUUUUUGUCGCUAUUUCGUCUCAGUAUCUCCGUUCACACAACCUGCGUGGUCUAAACGGAAAAAAGCGAUAGCACAAAACGACUACGACAAUUUGUGGCUCGCCCUCAUGACAGGAAAUGUUUGUUGCGGCGAAAAUCUUUCUAAGAAAGAAUGAUUUUUAAGGUAAACUCGAAGGUGGCGCUGAAAAUGAUUGUUCAUAUCACGGAACACGUCCUUCCUCUGCUUCGCACGCCCUUCAAAUCUUCGGAUUUCUUUUUCAAGGUUUUUUUUAAAUUUUGAAUUAAUUUUAUUUUUCGGAUCCAGAUGUUCGAAAAAGGCGACACUUAUGCGAUUUUGUCACUUGGAGCGAUUUUCAAACUCAUCACUUGUCAUAAUUUGUGGGAAUUUCUUUUCGAAAUGAGUUCGUGAAGUUUUCUCUAGUGAGUACCCGAAUUUCUACGACCACGUUUAUUCAUUGACGAAGCCUUCUCUGUUUCACCUCGAAAGCACUGAAAAAGUUCUCAACCUUCUCAACGCCUUUUUGUCUUCUUCGUUAGUUUGACUUGUGAAUUCUUCACGACACUGGACAUGUUUCAGACACGUGCCGAUUUACAUCGUGGCCGCUUUCGCCAAGCGUCUGAGCCGCUGUUUAUUAUUUUCAUCGAUAGAGCCUAUUGUAAGUCUUCCAAUUCAUCCCAUUCCGUUUUUUGUCUAGGAACCUACACUCGGAUUGAUUCGGAAUUUACUCACCCGGCAUCCCAAUGCCGCUGAACUUGUAAAUCGACCUAUCCCAGGUGGUUAUUUUUUUUUCCAAGUUUAGUUUUUUGUUAUUUAAUCUCAAUUCUCGGUAAUUUUCAGCUACUUUAUCUAUGGACCCUUUCGACAACGAUGAGGAUGUGCUGAGCAAGACGAAUGUUAUGCAGUCCUCACUUUGGGAGAUAAAGGUUCGUUUUUUUCACGUUUUCAUGUCUUUUCGUAAAGAUCUUGCAACAUCACUGGAGCCAAAAUGUCAGGAAACGAGCUGGAUUUGUCGACAAAUCUCUACAGAAAGUACUGAUAUUUUAUUAAAGUUCAAUAGUUUGAUUAAACAGAUAGAGUCUUUCGUGCGUUACAAAAGCCUUGAUGAAAUCAUGGCCAAUGAUAUGGCCAAGUCGUUCGGCGAAGACAGUAACCAAGUCAGCGAGGGCUAUUUGAAGUCCCAGGUUUUUUUUUCCUGAAACUUGAUUCGAGGGGCGAUUUUGAUUCUAGGCUGGGGAGGUCGACGAGGAUGAAGAUGAUCAUUCUGAAGAAAAUGCGAAGUUUAAUAAGAGGAAAGGUGGCAAAUUCCAGAAGAAGCAUGAGGUAUGUUAUUCAAAGAAAAUUAUGAAGAUAAUUUAUUUUCUAGGAGAAAAAAGUUCACUCAGUCGCGUUCAGUUUCCUUCAACCGCCUGUGGAUAUGCUGCAUUUCAAGACGGCUCUUCUGAAUGGAUCGUCUAAUUGGUCUCUUUAG